UAUCGGGAGAGGGCCAGAGCAGAGCAUGCUAAUUAACGAGCUGUUUGACGAUAUGGCGUCGUCAUCCUCGGAACGACGACGGCGGGCGGCGAUCGCCGCCGUAGCGGUGGCUCUAUUCCUGGCGGUCGGCGCCGCCCGAGCGCAGCUGUCGCCGGGGUUCUACUCGACGACGUGCCCCAACGUGGAGAGCAUCGUGCGGUCGGCGAUGGCGCAGGUGGUGAGCCAGGACCCGCGCAUGGGCGCCUCCAUGAUCCGCCUCUUCUUCCACGACUGCUUUGUCAAUGGUUGCGAUGCAUCCGUGCUGCUCGACGACACGCCGGCGAUGGUCGGCGAGAAGAAUUGUGCUGGAAACGCAAACUCUCUUCGCGGAUACGAAGUCAUCGAUGGUAUCAAAUCUAGCGUGGAGGCGGCGUGCCGCGCCACCGUGUCCUGCGCCGACAUUGUGGCGCUUGCCGCUCGCGACGCAGUUAGUCUGCUGGGUGGGCCGUGGUGGCAGGUGCUGCUGGGCCGGCUCGACGGCCGGACGGCGAGCAUGGAGGCGGCCAACGCCAACCUCCCGCCGGCGUCCGACAACAUCGACACCCUCGUCGCGAAGUUCGCGGCGAAGGGGCUGGACCUGCGCGACCUGACAGCGCUCUCCGGCGCGCACACCGUGGGGCUGGCCAAGUGCAGCAGCUUCCGGCAGCACGUGCACAGCGACUCCAACGUGGACCCGGCGUUCGCCAUGUUCCGGAGGCGCAUUUGCCCGGCCACCGGCGGCGACUCCAACCUCGCCGCCCUAGACACCACCAGCCCGAACCGGUUCGACGUCAGCUUCUACCGCGACCUCAUGGUCCGCCGCGCGCUGCUGCACUCCGACCAGGAGCUGUUCAACGGAGGGCCGGCCGACGACCUCGUGCGCCUCUACAGCAACAACGGCGGGGCGUUCAACCGGGACUUCUCGGCGGCCAUGGUCAAGCUCGGCAACCUCACGCCAUCGACGGGGAGCGCAGGGGAGGUCAGAUUGAAUUGCCGGAGGGCCAAUUGAGGCAGUCCCAUGGAUCGACGGACGUACAGAAUUGUUCCAUAUCUUUAUAUAAUAACUCUCUGUCAACUGAGGCGCAACCAUUGUUGUUAAUUAUUUACCUGUAGUAAAUCAAUUUACAGAUCUUUUGAUUUGGUCAAUGAAAAUUUGUUAAUUAUUUA